AGGCAUGUUCUCUACUUGAUUUGGUAAAUGUGGAGAUUUGGCUUCAAAAUAAUUAGAGCAGUCCAUUUUUGCUCAUGAACUCUUUCUCUCUUUCUCACUCUCUCACUCUCUCGCUUGCUCUUCUCAUUCUCCUGGGUUCCAUUCUUGUUUCAACAUAUCCUGAGCAAAUCCAAAUAACCAAAUGCUACAGGGCCCAGCGUUUACCUCGGCCUCUCUGCUAUCUCGAAGCUUUUAUUCUUCUCGCCCUCAUACAAGUACCUCCACACCUACUUCUGCUCCCACCGCAGAUAUCUCCAACAUCGUUACAAAUGGCCCUUGUACCUCGAACAAAACAAGAGUCCGUAUUGUGCCAAGCUUGGACGGGUCCAGUCGGUGUGUGGUGUUCAAUAUUAUCGAUCGCGAACUGACUCCCGGUACGAUGAUUCGGAUAGGCCGGUUUACAGAUCGAGGCAGUGAUGAGAACCGACUUACUUUCAAGAGCAAAGUGGUUUCUCGUAGUCACUGCGAGCUUUGGGUGGAUCAUAAUGGCAAGGUUCAUAUCAGAGAUACCAAAUCAUCAUCUGGCACCUUCUUAAAUCACAUUCGUCUGUCUGCUGCUGGUCAGUUAUCUACAUCACAUCAGUUGUCGGAUGGAGACACUAUUCAGCUUGGUGUGGAUUAUCAAGGCGGAGUCGAAGAGAUCUUUCGGGCUGUGCGCAUGAAGAUUGAAAUCGAUAGACCAACCCAAAGCUCUGCAUAUUCACUUGCCACUUUUCACCAACUCAAGGCCUUAAAUACAGAACAAGCCGAUGUCGAUGAAUGUUGUAUAUGCUUGUACUCUAUUGCUCCGCGUCAAGCCCUUUUCAUUGCCCCUUGUUCACACCAUUUUCACUACAAGUGUAUUCGACCGCUUUUAGCCUCGCACCCCGCAUUCCAAUGCCCUUUGUGUCGUGCUUAUGCCGAUUUGGAUGCCUCUGUCGAAGUUGAUCUGCCCCAAGACACAACCCCCGUACAGUUACCCCAGCCUAUUCCCAUUACCGCUGCCAAUGAACCUUCUUCGCCAGAGUGUGUGGGAGGAGCCACCUUUGUGUCUGAAGUGGAAGAACCACGACCCAGAGAGACCACACUGAGCCCUGAGAGUGACGAGGAACACGAUGCUAUGGCCGAACUCUCUCGACCGCCACCACAAUCCAAUAUCACCUCUCCUCUGUCUUUAUAUCAACGACGACACAGCUCUUCUGGGUUUGUUGACAAGCUGAAGAUGGUUAUCUUUGACAAGCGUCGCUUAUCCUACGUGUCAGGUGGAAAGCGUCGACGCAGCCAUAGUGACGAUGACGACGAGCAGGAUACUCCAGCUACAUCCCCUAUAGAUCAGCAGGCACCUAUGUCCACGUCUCCUUCGUCGUUCUCUGCCCAUGAACCCUCUUCAAGUCGAAUGACUACAAGCGUCUCAUUCCUUGGAGCAUAAACAAAAUCCCCCACAAGCAGUGUACGCUAAUCAAACCAAAAACUGUAUCCUGCAGCUGGAUCCAUCUUUGAUUAGGACGCUGUUCUGCCAAAUUCUUACCUAUGUCCACAACCGUAUAGUUCAACUAUCCUUGUUUUUUCUAUCCAUUUUCUUUUUCUGCUUGUAUCAUACCAUUGAAAAUGCUGUUAUAUUAAAACAUAUAUAUAUAUAUUUUGCCCUACC